AUGUCCGACGCUUGGAAAUCUCAAUUAAAUAUUCCUGAAAAGGACCACCGUCCUCAGACUGAAGACGUGACCGCUACAAAAGGUAACGGCUUUGAAGACUUCUAUCUCAAGAGAGAGCUUCUAAUGGGCAUUUUUGAAGCCGGCUUUGAAAAACCCUCACCUAUUCAAGAAGAAGCCAUUCCCAUUGCCCUGGCAGGCAGAGACAUUCUUGCUAGAGCCAAGAAUGGUACUGGUAAGACUGCUGCUUUCACCAUUCCAGCGUUACAACAAGUCAACCCUAAACUAGGCAAGAUCCAGGCUUUGAUUCUAGUGCCAACAAGAGAAUUAGCAUUGCAAACAUCCCAAGUAUGUCGUACUUUGGGCAAGCACUUAGGUAUUAAUGUCAUGGUCACUACCGGUGGUACCACUCUAAAGGACGAUAUUAUUCGUUUGAAUGAGAGUGUUCAUGUAUUAGUGGGUACUCCUGGUAGAGUUCUUGAUUUGGCUGGUAAGAACGUUGUGGAUUUCUCGGAAUGUCCUAUGUUUAUCAUGGACGAAGCCGAUAAGCUGCUAUCACCGGAUUUCACUCCUAUUAUCGAACAAUUGUUGGCCCAUUUCCCUCCUGACAGACAGAUCCUAUUAUUUUCAGCCACUUUCCCAUUGCUCGUCAAGAGUUUUAUGGAUAAACAUCUUAACAAGCCAUAUGAAAUUAAUUUAAUGGACGAGCUCACUUUGAGAGGUAUUACCCAAUAUUACGCGUUUGUUGAGGAGAAGCAGAAACUACACUGUUUGAACACGCUAUUUUCCAAACUGUCUAUUAACCAAUCGAUUAUUUUCUGUAACUCGACGAACCGUGUUGAAUUAUUGGCUAGAAAAAUCACUGAGCUCGGCUAUUCAUGCUACUACAGUCACGCAAAGAUGAUCCAAGCCCACCGUAACCGAGUUUUCCACGAGUUCCGUAACGGAACCUGUCGUAACCUGGUGUGCUCAGAUUUGCUUACUCGUGGUAUCGAUAUUCAAGCUGUCAACGUGGUUAUCAACUUUGACUUCCCCAAAAACGCCGAAACAUAUCUGCAUAGAAUCGGUAGAUCUGGUAGAUUCGGUCACUUGGGUCUGGCCAUCAACCUUAUCAACUGGAACGACCGUUUCAACUUGUACCAAAUAGAACAGGAGUUGGGUACUGAAAUCAAGCCCAUUCCUUCGCAUAUCGACAGGUCUUUGUAUGUUGCCCAAAACACUGACGCUAUUCCCAAGCCUUUCCCUCUGAAAGAGUUGCCCAAAUCCAACCAACGUAGCCACGAAAAGUACCAACAACAAACUGACUUGAACUUCCAACCAAGACCCCAGCAUCACAACCAACACCAUCACCACCAGCAACAACAGGGUCAACAACAUCUACAACAAAAUCAGAAUCAAAACCCAAACCAGAUUCCCACCCAAAACCAGCACCCUAGCCAGGCCUUCUCUGGUCAACCGCAACCUCCUCAAGGAGUUCCUCCACAAGGAUAUCCUCAAUUUCCUCAAGGAUACCCCCCACAACCUGGCUAUCCACCUCAGGGAUUCCCUCAACAGCCACCUGUGCCACCCAACGGCCAGUUUUAUGCCCAACCCCCUCCAGCUCUCCCCCAGUAA